CCCCGUUGCCCGCCCCCGCCCCGCCCCGCUCGUGACCUCGCCGCCGGUUCCUCUCCCUCGACCCCCGCUCCCCGCACGGCUCGCAGAUCAGGGCAUUUGGCGCGGGGACUGUGGGUGCCCUAUUGACAGCAUGGAAAAAAAUGGAAGUGAAUGUUGAUCCACGAAAUGGUAGAUUGGUGACAGUUCUCGGAGCAGUGGGGGAUCUUUCACCAGCAUUACUCUUCAUUUGACACGGCCUUAUGUUUGAUUGUGGCUCAGAAAGCUCCAUACAUGGACAGACACAGAGACACCUUUAGGAGGCUGGAAGAGUCAAGCCCUAGGUCAUCUGUACAAUCUGAAAUAGGGGCGAGGAGCAGCCGGAGGUUCAGCAUGCCUGGGUUUGGUUAUGAUUCGUUUAACCCAUUAAAAUCACUCAUGUCAGGGAUGAGAAAGGGUUCUGGAAGAAUCAUAUCACUUAGACAGUCCCUUACAUCUGGCGCUCCCAAGACAGCUUUUGCGGAAGACCUUAAAUCUUUUAAGAAGAAUAUAUUUGAUCCUCAGGAAAAGUUCCUUUUGCGAAUGAAUAGAUUUUUCUUCGUGUCAUGUAUAUUCGCUGUUGGAGUGGAUCCGCUCUUCUUCUUCCUACCCAUCAUCAGCAACUCAAAUUGCAUUGGUAUAGAUAAGGACUUGGCAGUGACAGCAACAACAAUACGAACUAUUAUUGAUUGUGUCUAUCUUAUUCGAGUGUUCCUUCAAUUCCGCACUGCUUAUGUUGCUCCAUCUUCUCGAGUGUUUGGAAGUGGCGAGCUUGUGAUUGAUCCAAUGUUAAUUGCGAUGCGGUACAUUAAGAGCUACUUUAUAAUGGAUUUCUUUGCAUUGCUACCACUUCCACAGAUUGUAGUUUGGAGAUAUCUCCACAGUUCUGAUGGUCCAGACGUACUGGCUACAAAAAAUGCUCUGGUUUGGGUUGUAUUAUGUCAAUACAUUCCAAGGUUGCUAAGAAUAUUCCCCGUGACCACUGAUUUGAAAAGGACAGCUGGUGUUUUUAUUGAAACUGCCUGGGCUGGUGCUGGUUACUAUCUUCUCUGGUUUAUGCUUGCUGGUCAUAAUGUUGGCACUCUGUGGUACUUCUUAACAAUUGAGCGGGAAGAUAGUUGCUGGCGUUUCAACUGUCACACUAGCGCUGGCUGUGAUCCAAGCUACUUGUAUUGUAGUGCCAAUCAUGCUAGCAGUGUCAGCUAUAACAGUUGGAGUAAUAGUACCCAAAUAUUUAAGAAGUGCAAUGGUACUGAUAGUGCUGCUGAUGCUUUCAACUUUGGUAUCUAUCAGCAAGCGUUGGUCUCUGGAAUACUUGUUCCAGGAAACUUUGUCUCUAAACUUUGUUAUUGCUUCUGGUGGGGAUUGCAAAACCUAAGUACCCUUGGCCAAGGGUUUGUAACAAGCACAUAUCCCUGGGAGGUGUUAUUCUCUAUUGCUAUAUGCAUCCUUGGACUAAUCCUGUUUGCGCUCCUCAUCGGUAACAUGCAGACCUACCUUCAAUCAGUUGCUAUACGCCUUGAAGAGAUGAGAGUUAAAAAACGAGAUGCUGAGAGGUGGAUGCAUCACCGUUCACUGCCACCGCAAAUCAGAGAACGAGUAAGGCGAUAUGAACGGUACAGGUGGUUGGAGACCAGAGGAGUAGAUGAAGAAAAUUUGGUUCAAACCCUUCCAAAAGAUCUUAGGAGGGACAUCAAACGCCAUCUCUGUUUGGGUUUGGUGAAAAGGGUACCUUUGUUUGAGAAUAUGGAUGAAAGAUUGCUAGAUGCAAUAUGCGAGCGCUUAAGGCCUGCACUCUACACCGAGCACGAAUACAUUUUGAGGGAAGGUGAUCCAGUGGACGAGAUGCAGUUUAUUCUACACGGCUGUUUGGAGAGUAUGACCACUGAUGGGGGACGGAGUGGGUUCUUCAACAAGGUCCAGCUAAAGGAGGGUGAUUUCUGUGGCGAGGAGUUACUCACGUGGGCAUUGGAUCCCAAGUCUGCUGCCAAUUUCCCAUCUUCGACCCGUACAGUGAAAGCUCUAAGUGAGGUUGAGGCAUUCUCCUUGCGCGCCGAUGAACUGAAAUUCGUGGCCAGCCAGUUCAGGAGACUCCACAGUAGGCAGGUUCAGCACACGUUCCGGUUCUACUCGCAGCAGUGGAGGACCUGGGGUGCAUGCUUCGUUCAGGCGGCUUGGCGCCGCUACUACAAGAGGAAGAUGGCGGAGCAGCGUCGCAGGGAAGAAGAGGCGGCGAACCGCCAGAGCAGUAGCAGUGGCCCUAGCCUGGGAGCAACCAUCUAUGCGUCUCGGUUCGCAGCCAACGCCCUCCGGGGAGUUCACCGGCUUCGGAACAAGACCGUUCCCACCAUUGUGAGAUUGCCAAAGCCUCCGGAACCAGAUUUUGGUGUCGAGGAUGCUGACUAAACAAGACCACUCACACGCGAAAUGCCUGUACUUAUGACGAUGUUGACCGAAGUGGUCUGUAGAUUGUGUACAAAAUUCAAAGACAGCUUCACAACAUUAUGCUUGUAGAAGUUCACUAUAGAAGAUGAAAAUGUAUAAUGUCUCAGUUUUGCUAUUUCUCCGUUGCCC